AUGGAGGACGUAGAAAAAGAAAAUGGCUAUUCCACUUUAGAAUACAUCAGAAAUCCUUUGUGGGAGAGAGAAACGGCAGAGCCCGACACAAAAGCAUAUCAAGAAUAUAGGCCAAUAAUUAGUACAAAUAGUUAUUAUAAAAUAAGACCUGUAGAAAAUUAUAGUAAAAAGAUGCUUGUUUCAACGCCUAUGCCUAUGCCUAAAUAUGAAGACAAAUAUGAACAUCUUUCAUAUAAGAGAUAUCCAGAAGAAAAAGAGAAUGAAAAAGGAUCGUCAAAAAUACAAGAUGAAAAAAAAACACCUGGUAAUCAAGACGGAUGGCUUCGUUCUUUUACACCAUAUGAAGAUAGUGAUACUAAAUACAAUUUUGAAGACAAAUAUGGAGAUCAAUCUUAUGAGAGAUAUCCAGAAGAGGAAGAGGGAUAA